AUGGGUGAUGCAUUCGAUGAGGAAGAUGACCGACUGAUGAUCGAUGACGCCAAUGGCAACACCACUGCUUACAAUAAUAAUAACCUUACUGCUACAUCUAUCGGAACCGACACGUCUACUUCCAGCAUUUCUUCCGUUAACACUAUGCUCGAUUCAACAGCUACUGUUGGCACACAUCCAGUCAGUGCUUCAACCACAACAUCAUCCUCCUAUCACGCCACCAAUCUACCCCACAAACUCAACUUCAACGCCUCUAACGACGUUGUUGAAAAGCAUCCCGUUGAUCCUGAGCAGAAAAAGAAUUUUUUCAACGAUGGAACCACAUCAAAAAUGGCGUCAGCUACACUCCGGGAUGAUCCCUUAAAGGUGACUAUUCGAACGACACACAAUCCUAUGGCCGCAACUACAUUCACGAGUGAGAAACUCUCCGACGAUGACGAGGAGCUGUGUAAGGAAGAAGGCGAGAUUGAUGACGAGGACGAAUCGGUGAGCGGAACGCAUUCACAUAGCGCGUCGUCAUCUGCACUGCAGCAGAAUCUAUUAAAUUGGCCAUCUGUGGAUGAGAAUGCUUCCUUGGAUGGAAUCAUUAAUGGAACGACAAAGUUCGCACAUUCAAAGUCACAGCAGCAACAUGAACACAAUACUGCGCUGAUUUCUUCUAAAAAUGUGAACUCAUCAACGGGUAUUGAUGAAAAUAAUGUUACGACGACAACAACACCAGCAUAUCAUCGCUCAAAUCAUCAAGCAGUUAAUGCCAAUAAUAGUAAUAAUAGAUCAUGCUCAGCUGCGAUCUCACAGAUUAAAAAAAUUAAAGACGAAUCAGAGGGUAGUAGCAAAGUGGCAUCUACUGCGGCAAGCAGUGUCGUCGAUAAUGUUGGAACAUCAGCUGUCAAUAACAGCGCAUCACCAUCCUAUAGCAAAACCAAAAACCGAAAGAAACGUCGGAUCAGUGGAGAUGAUAGUGAUGGAACGCAACUGCAAGCGGCGAAUAAUCCAACCACAAGCACCAGCUCGUCGCUUGCUCCUACUAUCAGCAACAUAUCCACCGAAGCAGCUGUCAAACGCAAAAAGCAGAACACACGCGAUAAGUCGUCGAAUGUGAGUACGAAAUCAGUGCAGACCAAUGAAGAUGACGUUGAAGUAACAGUUGGUUCCACACACUGUCUUGAUUUUACUGUGUUGGCCAAGGUGCCAGGACAAACAUCCGACUCAUUGUAUUUCGUGACGAAUUGGAAUGGACGUGAAUUGUAUGGCAUUUUGGGUGAUGGUUUGCCCUCGCUUCAUCAGUCUUUUCAGAACAAAAGGCCAAUUGUGAAUGCGAACGUUAAUGGUGAUACGGCAUUCGAAACGAGUACCACCAACGUAUCAUCACAUGAUCGAAGUAAUGGAACUACUCCUUCAAAACAACGAAUCAAAAGCCAACGCAAUAAUCGCACUUUAUCAGUUGGUACACCCAAUGGAUCGGCUGAUGCGAAAACACGUAAAAUAGCAUCAUGUUCAUUGAGUACUAACGAGUUAAGCAAUCACGGUAUGGAACUUCAAAACGAUGAAGAGAUGUCGCAGUCACAAUCACCAGUAUCAUGGCUGUGUGGUGCGGGUGGCAGUGAUCCUUUAUAUGGUAUUGGUAAUACGGCAAUUGGUACGACAAGUGGACUGGCACAACUUCGUGAAUUGAAUCAAACGCAAAUGAUUUGUUGUCCAGUUGCCGGAUAACAAAAAUGCUUAAUUCAGAUCUACACUGAAACGAUGGGUUCGCAGACAGAUGCGAUACGAACGCAACUAUGUCGAGAUGCAUACACAGAGCCGAUGUCCGGAUUAGAGCAAGCGUCCUCAAUGUUUCAGUCAACUUCUUGUAAUGCUAGCACACAGACCACUCCUUCGCCUUCCAAGGAUGCUCUUCGACCUCAGCUCAGCAACUCAGAAGAGCGCAGUAUCCAUGAGCUCUUUCAGGUUGCUCGUCGAACAAAUCCUGAAGAAUCGAAAAGGGAUUUUCUGGAUGGCCACCGUAGUGGUGGUUUGACAACGUCAAAAGGUUUUGAGAGUAGAGCAGCAUCAGUUUGUGAAGUGGGCAAAGCUUCAUCAAUACCGACUGCUCUGGAUGCAAUGGAGAAGAUGGUAUCAGAAGGAAGUCUUUCGAGUGGAGAGGGUGUCAUCGGUUCAAGUUUCUCAUCGAUAUCGUCACAACAGCACAACACCAACACCACUAGCAGUGCACAUCCCUCAACAAGAGCAGCUUCUAAUAGUCGUGCGAUAGACGACGACAAACAUUCAGGAGUGCAUUCUUUCAGUUUGGCUGGUAACUCUCAUACGAGUGCCGGAUCGCCGGUGUUCUCAGAUAUUUCAGAUGAUGCACCAACACUUGAGAAAGAGGUCGUUGACAAAACAGAGGAUCGUUGCUCGGAGAGGAUGAAACUUGUCGCUUCCACACGAAGUCCAGUGGUCUCGUUGAGCUUACCGGUUAACAGCGACAAAGUUCGUAGCGAUGCGUCUGCCGUCAGUACUACAGCGUCGAAUACGGUCGACUUGCAAUCAGUACCAUCCUCGUCCUUAUCUGCCAACUUACUGCCAUCAUCCAAAAAUGCAUCUACAAAUCAAUCAUCAAUACGUCCAAUUAAUGAUUCUAUUACAUCCACGAAUCAUAUUCCGACUUUAUCUACUGACUCAAGAAGAGAGAUGAAACCGAUUUGUGUCUCAUCGUCAUCCGCUACAACCACUCCGCUCAUCUCAUUUUCACCUGCUAUUCCUCCAUUUGUUGGUAUCGAUCCAGCUACUUUCACUAAUGCAGUGCGUCCAGCUGUGGGAGGAGUUGGAGUUGCGGGUGGAAGUGGUGGCGUUUCGAUGAUGUACAAUUAUAAUCCGAAUUAUAUGAUGCAGCCAUUCGGGAUUAGCAAUCCGACCUCUGCAGUCGUUUCGGCUGCAUUGCAAUCUUCUUCUGGUGGUAUUACUACGUCGUCAUCAGUCAGCACCAAACAUAAGAUUCAUGAUCUCAAAACUGUUGGUGCAUUCACCAAUGCACAAGGCAUUGGCACUGAGCUAUCUAAAGAUAGUACCAAAUUGUCGCCUUCAUUACUGACCUCCUCAGACACACGCUCACCGUCGACGAAUACCACAAAUGUUGCUGUUGCGUCUGGACUAUCAAAUACUUCUGGUAAUGGAUUGAAUUUAAAGAAUUUAUCAUCGGCGUCCUCCUCAUCACAACAACAGCAACAAGUGAAUGUUGCUACAUCCAGUCAUGCCCAAACUCAGACACCACCAUCUAGACCAGUCACAUUUCUUUUAGGACAACAACAGUCUUCAUCUGUUAGUUUGCAAUCAACACCUGAACGAACGCCGAAUCCAACGGCUGCGUUACUGCAACAGCAACAACAGCAUCAGCAACAAGCACACUAUUUGGCUCAGAUGCAACAACAACAACAAAUGCAACAAUAUAUGUCACAGAUGCGUUUUGCUGGUGGUUUUCCAAUGAUACCACCAACUAAUCCAGGCAUGGCUCACCAAGCAUAUGAACAAGCAUUAGUCGCAAUGCAAGCUGGUAUUGCUCCGGCCAAUUUUGGAUUAUUCACACCUCAAUCGUUUCAACCAAAAUGA